AUGACAAAACGUUUACGAGAUGAAGAGUUUGAUGAUCCUUCUUCUCCAGAUUCAGAGAUUAUAGAGACUCCCAAUCCAUCCGACACACAGGAAACCCAAGCUACCUCAAAUUCUACACCCCAAGCCUCCUCCAAACUUGUUCACCUUGGUGAGGAGACCGGUGAAGCUCCUACAGUAAUGCGGUGCUCUUUGCCAGGUCAUCAGCGAACAUUAUCCUUCCCUUCAUUCGAUGACUAUGAAGUACACUAUAAAAAGUCUCACAUGAACAGAUGUUUGGAAUGUCGUAAGAACCUUCCUUCGGAACAUUUCCUCAAUCUUCACAUUGAGGAAAAUCAUGAUGCGUUGGUUAGUGUUAGGAAAGACCGAGGAGAAAAGAUUUAUUCUUGUUUUGUUGAGGACUGUGAUAGGAAAUGCUCAACUCCUCAGAAGAGACGUAUGCAUCUCAUUGAUAAACAUAUGUUCCCUCAGCAGUAUGACUUCUUCGUUGUGAAUGAUGGUAUUGAUCAUAAAAGCUCCAUGCUUAGAUCAGGACGCCAUGGACAUCGAAGACACAGCUCGGCAGCAAAAACGAAAGUUGAAGAGGUUAGGCAACGUGCCGCCACUGCUGAGCCAACUUUGAACAAUCAAGGCAUCAACCAAGAACCUACUGGUGGAUCCGGCGUCCCCCCAGCGCAGACAGAAGAUGAUGCCAUGGAAGUAUCUGAGACGGCUGCGUCAGUUCUUGAGCCAGAAGAUGAUCAGAUGAAAGGUUUAGAAACAGCCAUGUCAUCACUGAGAUUUGUUCCGAGUAGUGUUAGAUUCGGCAGGGGGCGUGGAAGGGGAAGGGGAUUCAGCAAAGCCUGA